CCCUCUACAACAACAACUACAUCAACUACAACGACAACAACACCGACGACCACAACUACCACGCCAACUACAACUACUACAACGCCAACAACAACGACAACUACGCCUACUACCACGAUGACAACACCGACGACCACAACUACAACGCCAACUACAACUACUACAAUACCAACUACAACUACUACAACGCCAUCUACAACUACAACAACACCAACUACAACGACGACUACGCCUACUACCACGACAACAACACCAACGACCACAACAACCACGCCAACUACAACUACUACAACACCAACUACAACGACAACUAGGCCCACUACCACGACAAUAACACCGACGACCACAACUACCACGCCAACUACAACUACUACAACACCAACUACAACGACGACUACGCCCACUACCACGACAACAACACCAACACCAACAACUACUACUACAACGCCAACUACAACUACUACAAUCCCAACUACAACUACUUCAACACCAACUACAACUACUACAACCCCAACUACAACUACUACAACCCCAACUACAACUACGACAACGCCAACUACAACGACAACAACACCAACUACAACUACGACAACGCCAACCACAACGACAACAACACCAACUACAACUACUAUUACUACAACGCCAACUACAACUACUACAAUCCCAACUACAACUACUACAACCCCAACUACAACUACCACAACGCCAACUACAACGACAACAACACCAACUACAACUACGACAACGCCAACUACAACGACAACAACACCAACUACAACUACUACAACGCCAACUACAACUACUACAACGCCAACUACAACUACCACAACCCAAACUACAACUACUACAACACCAACUACAACUACU